CCAAUGUCGAAUCAGCAUUAAAAGAUAUAUAUUUUCUAGUCGUAAAUAAACCAUAUUUCUACGUGUGUAACUUCUCAAUCGAUAAAAACCAAAACAACCUGCCAAUACCUCCAUUUUGGCUCAUCGACCCCAACUUAUUAGUAGUCUACCUCAACUCCACGUUCAAGUCCUAGUGCUCUUCCAUACAUACGCAAGCUCUAAGCUCUACCUAUUAACCACCACAUUCCCAAAUAGAGGCUCGUACAGCGAUGCCUCAAAAGCGCAAGCGACCAGAUCAAGAUCCCCACGAACAAGAAUUGUUGCCCGCAUCCGCACUCAAACCAACCUCUUCUGACUCUCAAUCAAAAUCCACCAGCGCGCGUCGGGCGACGCGUCAAACCCCAGUCAUUCCACCAACACCACCAACACCAGUGACGCAACUACAACCACAACUACGCACAGAAACGGCUGUACCGCCUCCUAUAAUACCUACACUAUCAUCAACUUCUUCGAAACCAACAACCUCUCCAGAGCAGAAGCGUAGUCGUGCCUCCAACGGUCGUCCUCAGCCACCUCCAUCGCAACCCACGGCGCAAAGUCAACACCCUCCUUCUGUGCUGCGAUGGGCUCCGCUUGAACAGCCAGGCCCAGCAGUAAGGCCUCCCCCUCACCAUCUCUAUCCGACAACGAUGGCAGCCAUGCCCCCACCUCGGCCGAUUGCCGCUGGUCGUCCACCGUCAGACUUGGUUGCGCCUGAGAUCACCUAUCAUGUGCCCCAGUCGCAUACAAACUCAUUCCAGCGGACCUCAGCUCUUGUCCGACCUCAUGGCCCUACGGCACAACCACCACGUAUACUCGAACGACCGCCGCCUCCCACCGUCACACCAGUACACCCUCCGAAGCCCCCUGUGGCUCCCUCUGUACGUCCGCCUCUCCGGGCCGAUCGCAACAUUGAUAAAGUCGUGUUGGGUAAUAUGUGCUUCAGUACGUGGUAUCCUAGCUACUAUGGAAAAGAAGUGCUUGGGGAAUCAUCAGGCAAUCUAGGCAAGACAGGCAGCAAGGACUUGGGGGCCAAGGAUCAAGCUACAGGCGGCAAAUCAUCAUCCCGGCGGGAUCGCGAACAUCACCCAGUAGUUGAUCGCCUCUACGUGUGCCCUAGCUGCUUCAAGUACUCCAAGGAAUUGGUUGCUUGGUGCCAUCACGUCCAUGUGUGUGAAAGGAAGGCUCAGAUACCCGGUCGGAAGGUAUACGUUCAUCCACGGGGGCGUAGAAAGAUUCUUGCCCCCCACGACAACAAAACCUCUGGGCCUAAAAGACGGAAAGGGGAAGGAAACAUUCGGUUGGUAGAGGAGAUCGUCCAGGAUGAAGGAGAAUGGAGCAUUUGGGAGGUUGAUGGUGAAAAGGACGGGCUCUUUUGCCAGAACUUGUCGCUCUUUGCAAAGCUCUUCCUCGACAACAAAUCCGUCUUCUUCGAUGUCACAGGCUUUAACUACUUCCUACUUGUUUACACACCUCCGACUCGAUCCUUACAGACUGCAGCCAAGCCUGAGCCCCCCUCGCCUCGAAUUACGGGAUUCUUUUCGAAGGAGAAAAUGUCAUGGGAUAAUAACAACCUCGCUUGUAUCCUUAUAUUCCCCCCAUGGCAGCGAAAGGGUCUUGGUGCGUUGCUGAUGGGGGCCUCGUACGAGAUCUCUCGGCGGGAAGAUAUUCUGGGCGGGCCGGAGAAGCCAAUUUCUGAUCUCGGCAAGAAGGGUUACAAGCGUUACUGGGCGGGCGAAAUCGCGAGAUGGCUAUUGACCAUCAAUAUGAACUCAAAGACGCCCGAGAACGAGGUCCUCGUGGAUCUCAACGACUGCAGCAAGGCAACAUGGAUUCUUCCCGAAGAUUGUCUCCAGGUGCUGCGAGAUAUGGGUGUUGUCGAAGAGGCCGGUUUGGGCCCAAGCAAGCCUGAGGGAAAGCCUGUCGCCGAAGCGGGGAUUGAGGAGAAGAAAGGCGAAGAAACGACAAGGACAUCGCCUGCUGCUGACGGAGCAGUCAAAGAAGAAAUGGUGCCAGUCGUCAAGAUGGUGCCACGGGUGCGGAUAGACAAGCAGGCGGUUCGUCGAUAUGUGGCCGAGAAUCGGAUAAGUCUAGAGCGCAUGUGUGAUCCUGCUGGGUUUGUCGAGGGCUACGCGAUCAAAGCACCCGAGAUAGUGGAAGAAGAGGUCGACGAGGCAGAGGAGUGAUGGACUCGAGAUAUUGUCGUUGUAUGAUGUACUGACAUGUACCUAUAGAUUAGACGCUUCGGCGAUAGUGAUACCCAUGCUCGAAUUAAAUGAGCUUCCUCUCAUCAUCAUCAUGAUUUUUUCAGUAUUUUUGAUCUACGUAGAUCAUCGGAGUCCUCUGUUCGCUUUGUUCUUCCUCGAGAAUCAUAUUUUUAUGCCACAACCCUGGUGUAAGUUCCAAGGGACUUGAUCAUGCAAUUGAGCCCCUGCAACUGUUGGGAUAUACAUAAUAUGUCGGGAUGGAUGUUGACUACUGUCAUGUCAUUUUUCUCAGGUCGUGCCGAGGUCGAACGGAAACCCGUUCUCGAUGCGGUCGGAGGCACUCAGCAUGGAAAGGGGGCUCAGAAUUUGCGUCAGGGAAUUCAGAAAUGCUGUUCUUAUCGUGAUUGAGACUUCCGACGCGUAUUGGGAUGGUAUAUCAAGGGCAAUGGCUCUGAAAUGA